UCUCUCCUUUUUAUCAUCUCAACAUCGCGCCGUUUAUCUAAACGUGGUGCAAAAUUGACUCUAAUACUUCUGUUCAACUCCACUAUCUACCACUUAUCGCGCAAGCUACGCCUGCUAGAGCAAGCGUCUCAAAAUCAGACUUUUACGCCCCCCUUGCUGUUGCGAACCUUUCUUCGGUGACGCAACGACUGACACGCUCGAACUUGUUGGAUCUUUUGAGAGUCGCUAGUAUCGCCCAUAUUCAUCUAUUCUUCACCUAACACAAUGUCUGGAAAGUUGGACAAGUCUCUGGACGAGAUCCUCGUCAACCGCCGUCAGGGCGCUCGUCGCCGCAAUCGUCGCUCAACCCAGUCUAAGGCUGCCCCGGCCGCCGUUGGAGGAGUCAAGAAGAGCACGAGGGCUGCGAAGCCAGCCGGCAAGGUUGCCCAAGCUGGACACCCUAUGUCAACUGAAAGCAAAAUCAUGGUCAGCGGCUUGCCUUCCGAUGUGAAUGAGGCCAAUAUCAAGGAAUACUUCUCUAAAUCCGCAGGACCCGUCAAGCGAGUCAUGCUCACUUACAACCAAAAUGGCACUAGCCGCGGCAUCGCCUCGAUCGUCUUCAGCAAACCCGACACGGCUGCCAAAGCAGCCAAGGAUCUGAACGGACUCCUUGUUGAUGGACGUCCCAUGAAGAUUGAGGUUGUCGUUGAUGCCAACCAUGCCCCCGAAGUCCCCGCUGCCAAGCCCCUUGGUGAGCGUGUCGCACAAACCAAGUCCCAACCCAAGCCAGCCACUGCCAGCAAGGCUGCCGACAGCAGUCGUGGACGUGGCGGCCGUCGUGGUGGCCGCCGCGGACCCAAGCCUAACCGUCCCAAGCCCAAGACCGUGGAGGAGCUUGACGCUGAGAUGAUGGACUAUUUCUCCAACGAGAACGGCGGUCCUGCCGAGGGCAACGCCCCUACGACCGCGCCGGCUCCGCAAGCCGCCAACGGUGGCGAGGAUCUUGGAAUGGCUGAGAUUUCUUAAAUGUAUCGUGGUACCUUCAUUUCAAUUGCAGAGGCAGGUUACUUCUGCCAAGUCAGGUUGGCUUCUAGUCAGCUAGGGAUGCCAUCCGGACUUGAUCUUCGGAUUCGUGUUUCGGUUCUCUUUUUGCCCUUUUCACU